CCGGACCGGGUGGCGGCGGAGCCGGGGGGACGGCGAGAACGGGGCGGCGGGCCGCGGGUGGGGGCCAUGGGUAAGGACUACUACCAGACGCUGGGCCUGGCUCGCGGCGCGUCAGACGAGGAGAUCAAGCGGGCCUACCGCCGCCAGGCGCUGCGCUACCACCCGGACAAGAACAAGGAGCCCGGCGCCGAGGAGAAGUUCAAGGAGAUCGCCGAGGCCUACGACGUGCUCAGCGACCCGCGCAAGCGCGAGAUCUUCGACCGCUACGGGGAAGAAGGCCUAAAGGGUAGUGGUCCCAGUGUUGGGAACACCGGUGGUGCUAACGGGACCUCUUUCAGCUACACAUUCCAUGGAGACCCUCAUGCUAUGUUUGCUGAGUUCUUUGGUGGCCGAAAUCCCUUUGAUAACUUUUUUGGGCAGCGGAACGGGGAAGAAGGCAUGGACAUCGAUGACCCAUUCUCAGCCUUCCCCAUGGGCAUGGGUGGCUUCCCCAACAUGAACUUUAGCCGUUCCCGCCCCACCCAGGAGCCCACCCGAAAGAAACAAGAUCCCCCUGUCACCCAUGACCUUAGGGUCUCGCUUGAAGAGAUCUACAGCGGUUGUACCAAAAAGAUGAAAAUCUCCCACAAGCGGCUGAAUCCGGACGGAAAGAGCAUUCGCAAUGAAGACAAAAUCUUGACUAUCGAAGUAAAGAGGGGGUGGAAAGAAGGGACCAAAAUCACCUUCCCCAAGGAAGGAGACCAGACCUCCAACAACAUUCCAGCUGACAUCGUCUUUGUUUUAAAGGACAAGCCACACAAUAUCUUUAAAAGAGAUGGCUCAGAUGUCGUUUACCCAGCCAGGAUCAGCCUUCGGGAGGCUCUGUGUGGCUGCACAGUGAAUGUCCCCACUCUGGACGGCCGGACCAUACCCGUCGUGUUCAAAGACGUCAUCAGGCCUGGCAUGCGGCGAAAAGUUCCUGGAGAAGGCCUCCCCCUCCCCAAGACGCCCGAGAAACGUGGGGACCUUAUUAUUGAGUUUGAAGUGAUCUUCCCAGAAAGGAUUCCCCAAACAUCAAGAACCGUACUUGAGCAGGUUCUUCCAAUAUAGCGUCCUGCACUCCCCAAGGACUGACCAGGGACCUUUCAGAGCUCAAGGAUUUCCAGAUCGUUCCACCAGUUGUGGGCCCACAAAAGGGCGGGAGGGCUCUCAUACUGCUGAAUGUUUUCCAGAGAAUAUAUUACAAUCUUUCAAAGUC